UCUUGCGAGCGGAGCUGCGGGCGGGCGGACCCCCUCAGCGAGGCAGCGGCGGCGGCGGCGGCGGCUGAGGAGGCGGAGGCGGCGGAGGCCUCGCUGGCUCCCGGAGGCGGCGUGGCGGCGGCGGCGGCGGCGGCCGCCCUCCCCUUUGUCUUCCCCCGCCCCGCGGGGUUGAUGUGGCUGCGCUGGCGGAGGAUGAACGGAGGAUAAAUGGUGCCCAAGGCGGACAGCGGCACCUUCCUCCUCCUCUUCCUCCUCGUGCUCAGCAUCACCGAGCCGCUGCGGCCAGAGAUGCGUUGCAGCCCCGGGCAUUUCACUUGCCGCAGCGGUUCAGUCCAGUGCAUCCCCUCGAAGUGGCAAUGCGACGGGUGGCCCACCUGUGAGGAUGAAAGCGAUGAAAUUGGUUGCCCAAAUUAUACAGGGGAGCAACGCAUUUAUCACGGGAAGGAAAAUGUGGAUUCCAGGCACAAUCGUGGAAGAGGAGGGGACACGACACGCUUCCACACCAUCAACCUGGCACAGCCGGUUCGAUUCAGUAGGAAAUGCCCAUCAGGCUGGCACCACUACGAGGGCACCGCCAGUUGCUACAGGGUGUACCUAAAUGGAGAGAACUACUGGGAUGCCAUACAAACGUGUCAGAAGGUGAAUGCGUCCUUGGCUACCUUCACCACCGACCAGGAGCUGAAGUUUAUUCUGCAGCAAGAGUGGGACUCUGAGGAGAAGACCUUUGGCCGGAAGGAUCAACGCCGGUUUUGGGUUGGGUACCAGUUUGUCAUCACCAACCGAAACAAUUCCCUCGAAGGCCACUGGGAAGUUGCUUAUAAAGGAUCGUCGGAAGUAUUUCUUCCUCCUAACCCUACGUUCAGCACAUCUCUCUCUGAAAAUGAAAACAUCCUCUGUGCCCAAUUCCAGUGCUCUCACUUCCCAAUUCUCCGGCACCACGGUUUUCACAGCUGGUACGCUGAGAACUGCUACGAAAAAUCCUCCUUUCUCUGCAAGAGAAGCCAGACGUGCGUGGAUAUCAAAGAUAACAUUGUCGACGAAGGCUACAAUUUCACCCCUAAAGGGAACGACCCCUGCUUAAGUUGCACAUGUCACAAUGGCGAGCCGGAGAUGUGCGUGGCAGCCUUGUGCGAGCGACCCCAGGGCUGUCAGCAUUACCUAAAGGAUCCCAAGGAAUGCUGCAAAUUUACCUGUUCAGAUCCUGACGGCAACAGUUUGUUCGAUUCCAUGGCCAGUGGCAUGCGCCUGAUCGUCAGCUGCGUCUCUUCCUUCCUCAUUUUGUCCCUCCUUCUCUUCAUGGUCCACCGGCUGCGACAGAGACGCCGCGAGCGCAUCGAGUCCCUGAUUGGAGCCAACCUGCACCACUUUAACCUGGGCCGAAGGAUGCCCGGCUUCGAUUACGGCCCAGAUGGCUUUGGAACCGGACUCACGCCACUGCACCUCUCUGACGACGGAGAAGGCGGGGCCUUCCACUUCCACGACCCGCCUCCACCCUACACCGCGUACAAAUACCCGGACAUUCAACACCCAGACGACCCACCGCCACCUUACGAAGCGUCCAUCAGCCCAGACAAUAUUCUCUGUUCUCCGCCAGACGGGGUCCAUUCUCAGAUGGGGGCUAACACUCAGCUGUCCUUAGGGAACGCCGACACCUCUUUGCCGCUGCCCGACGAACCUCUUCCUCCUUCCCUCGGCCCGUCCCCCUUGGAGCUUGAAAACUCUGCGGACAGUAGCACCCUCCUUGUCUUACCAGACACUCCUUUAAGUGAAAGCACGCUCUCGGAGAGCCUCGGUGGCAACCGCCACAGCCACUGUUCUCAAAAUACCAUGGUAUAAAGGAAACACAAUCAAAACAAGAGACCCACCCCCCCUCUCUUAACUGCCAGCCAGCCAGCAUUUAAAGGCCGGGCCACUGUUUGCCUGUCCGAUGUACGAGGGGAUGCUGAAUUCACAGACUGAAGUUCAGAAAUAAAACUCCCCUGUCUGGCUUUUUGCAGAUUCUCCUUUGAGUUUAGACUUGUAACACGUCGGCCCGGACAGUCCUUUUUCCAUUCUUACCUUCUCCUCUUCAGAAGAAGAAGAAGAAGAAGAAUCAAGUUGUAAAAACACUCUUUGUUUGUUUUUCUAUGGAAAAAGAGCAGAAGACGUGGAGUUUUUAAUUUCUUUUCUUUUUUUUAAAGCGGAGGAAAAUUAUGGAUAGAUUUUUGGGGGUGAGGGCGGAAGGGGAUCCUCCAUCUCGCUACCCUGUAAAAUCACGGAGGAUAAAGACCACGCGGUGUAGGAACUUCUGUAAUGCCAGGGCGUUAGGAACUUCCAGAAUAUGGCUGCUGGCUGUUGACUCUCUUGCUUUAAGUCUUCGGUUCAUCUUCAAGUACACAAGACUUUCUGAACAGGACCAUCUGAUCCUUUGAAAUGUGAGCCCAAGGAGAAAGAGACAGGCAAGUGGGUCUAUCAAGUCUUCAUCUUCACGUGGCUUCCAGUCCAGGUUGCAAAGAAGAACACAACGAAUUGAUCAAAUGCUUGCUUAUUUCCUGGAAGUAAGCAUCGAGGUUCAAGUCAAAUCUGGUUGCUUCGCCGUAACACAGUUUAAUACUUAACUGGGUCUUUUCAAACUCAGUGAACUUGUAUAUGAGAUUUCCCCCUCCUGACUUUCUCUACUAUAAAUCGGGGUGUUGAGGUUUUGGGGGACUGAGUUGGUGUGGGGAUAACAGAAUUUCCAGGGGAGUGGGGGGGAACAAUGUGAUUGGACCAAUCAGUCCACCUUCAAUGUGCUCUUUCCCUGUUAAUUUUGCUAUUUUCAUUCUCCAUAGUUAGAUGUCAAGCUUUCUUUAUCCUGCAGGAUUCAUCCGAACGCCUUAUAUUUUAACAAGAGACAUUGGGGUCAGAAAAAAAAA